CUUCAACAAACGCCAAAAUUAAACAAACUUAAUCCCUCCUUCUUCUUCAAUCUUCAAUGUCUUUCCUGGACCUCAUUGCUUCCCUCUUUCAAAUCUUCUCCUCUUUCUUUUCAUUAUCCAAUCCCCCUCUCUCUCCCCCUCACCUCACUCAUCCACCCACUUCCUAUUUUCUUAUCAAUGUUCAGACUCCUUGUUCCAAACUCUCUUUUUACUCUUUCUCGAACAUAAUUCGGACAUGGCGGGUGAGGCGGCGCAGGUUAGGAAUGUUCUUUUUGGGAAAUAUGAAAUGGGUCGGCUUUUGGGGAAAGGGACCUUUGCGAAGGUCUACUAUGGAAGAAACGUGAUGACCCACGAGAGUGUUGCCAUUAAAGUGAUUCUCAAGGACAGGGUGAAGAAAGAGGGGCUUCUUGAGCAAAUCCGGCGAGAAAUUUCUGUUAUGGGGUUGGUUCGUCAUCCUCAUAUUGUGGAAUUGAAAGAAGUUAUGGCGACGAAAUCGAAGGUGUAUUUUGUGAUGGAGUAUGUUAAUGGAGGCGAACUGUUUGUGAAGUUGUCUCAACAAGGGAAAUUGACUGAGGAUGGAGCAAGAAAUUAUUUUCAACAGCUUAUCUCUGCCGUGGACUUUUGCCAUAGCCGUGGUGUCUCUCACCAUGAUUUGAAGCCUGAGAAUCUCCUUCUUGACCAGAAUGGGAAUUUGAAGGUUUCUGAUUUUGGCCUCUCUGCGCUGCCGGAGCAGCUCCGGAUUGAUGGUUUGCUUCACACACGGUGUGGAACUCCGGCUUAUGUGGCGCCUGAGGUGCUCAGAAAGAGAGGAUACGAUGGCGCCAAGGCGGAUAUUUGGUCUUGUGGGGUGAUUUUGUUUGUGUUGCUUGCUGGGACUUUGCCAUUUCGAGCUGAUAAUGCGAUGAAGUUGUAUAGGAAGAUUUUCAAGGCGGAGUUUGAGUUUCCUCCAUGGUUUUCUUCAGAAGCCAAGGAAAUGGUGUCUAAGCUUCUGGUUGUUGAUCCUCAAAAGAGAGCUUCAAUGGUUGAGAUAAUGCAUAGUCCUUGGUUUCAAGAGGGCUUCACAAAGCCAGUUUCAUUCCUUGAGAAAGAUGAAUUCAACAAUGAAUUCUCUGAAUUGGCUAAUCCCAAGUUGUUGUCAUCUUCUCCUCCUUUUUACAAUGCAUUUGAAUUCAUUUCCUCAAUGUCCUCUGGUUUUGACUUGUCUAGUUUGUUUGAAAGCAAGAAGAAACAAGGCUCUAUUUUCACUUCAAAAUGCCCUGCUUCAGCCAUUAUAGCCAAGCUUCAAUCUCUGGCCGUGAAGCUCAACUUCAAAGCUACUAACCUAAGGGAGUUCAAGGUGAGACUGCAGGCCAAGGAGGAGGGGAGGAAAGGGAAGUUGACAGUGACCGCAGAGGUUCACGAGGUGGCCCCGGAGCUGGCAGUGGUAGAGUUCUCGAAGUCGGCCGGCGACACUUUGGAAUACGACAAGUUCUGUGAGAAGGACGUGAGGCCCGCAUUGAAAGACAUAGUUUGGAGCUGGCAAGGAGAAAAUGAAGUGCCUUUAACAGUGGAUUCUUUGCAAAAUGACCAUUGAAUAAGAAAAAGAAGCCAUUUUUGUGCAUCUUGAGCAUAAUUUUCACUUUGAAGUUCCCUUUUUUAUGUGUUUUGGAGAAGAGAAGAAUGUAUAGUAUAGUAUCGAAUGGUCUUAGUUUAGAUUAGAAGACAGUGGGAGUCGAUAGCUAUGCGUUUGUAAUUCGCUGACUUUGUGGAUACUUCAUAUAAACUGCUUGUAAAAUAUACUUUGCUUUGUGAAAAGAGUGACCACUUUAUUAGUUUUGAUAAA